AUGAGGAAAAUUCCUGACAAGUCAUGGAUAGAUAUCCUUAGGUGUGAACGGUUUCGUGAUCAACGAUAUAGGGAUGGAUGUGAAGCCUUCAUGAAGUAUGCCGAAAUGAACCCAAAAAAUUUAAGUAGCGGUGCAAUGUACUGCCCCUGUUAUAGGUGUAAGAAUAUGAAGCUGAAAAAUAAAGAUGAAAUACGAAGUCACAUAGCAAACUCUGGUUUUUAUGAGGAAUAUAAAUAUUGGUCCUAUCACGGGGAAGGUUGUACCGAAAAUGAAGUCCCGGAUGUGCAUGUCGAUACCAGUCAUGGUGUCAGGAUAGAUGAUACAGACAUAAAUUUACAGACUGAUAUUGGACCUGACUAUACCGAAUAUGAUAUUAACAAUGACAAUGAAUAUGAUAUUAUAGUUGAUGUCCAAGAUGCUCAUGCUCCUGAGGACUUGGAUCGUAUAAUGAAACUACUAGAAGAUAGUGAAAAUGAUUUGUAUCAGGGUUGCACCGAGUACUCCAGAUUUUCAUUUAUGUUGGAGCUCUUACAUAUUAAGAGCCUCAGUGGAAUGGCAAAUACUUAUUUCGAAAUGCUUCUUGUUUUACUACGGAAGGUAGUUCCAGGAGGAGAGCGUAGCAUUCCUAAAACAACUUAUGCGGCAAAGCAAAUAGUUUCCGAUUUGGGGCUUGAUUACAAUAAGAUUGAUGCGUGUCCCAAUGAUUGUAUUCUCUACUACAAGGAUAAUAAAGACCUUCAGGAAUGUCCAACAUGUGGAGUUUCUCAAUGGAAACAACAAACUCGCUCUUCAACAAGGCAGCCAACAGAGUCAAUGUCCCAGCAGAGCAUGAUUCUAGCUAAGGUGCUUCGUCAUUUCCCGUUAGUUUCCAGAUUGCAACGUCUGUAUAUGAACAAAGACACCACUGAGAACAUGAGGUGGCACAAAGAAGACCGUAUUGAAGAUGGUAAGCUGAGACAUCCAGCUGAUGCAGAGGCUUGGAAGCAUAUUGAUAAGACUUUUCCUAAUUUCGCUCAUGAAUGCAGAAAUGUCAGACUUGGGCUUUCUAGCGACGGAUUCAAUCCGUUCGGGGUUAAGAGUUCAGCUUAUGCUAAUCUUUCUGGUUGUUCGACAAAAGGCAAGUUUGCUUGUCCAGUAUGUGGCCCAGAAUUUGAAGGCCUUCACUUACCAUAUAGUCGAAAGUGUUGUUAUUGGUUCAAUAGGAGAUGGUUGCCCUCGGGGCACAAAUACAGAAAAUUGAUCAAUAAAUUUGACGGCACUGUUGAGACUAGGAAUAAACCACGUCAAAUGACCGGUGCUGAUAUUGUAAAGUUGCUUGAGCAUCUACCUAAAAUUAGAUUUGGUAAGAACCGAUAUUCUAAGUAUGAAUCACUCAAAGCUAGAGGCUCCUGCAAAAAGAAAAAGACACUGAAGAGGAAGAGAGCAUUCUAA